CAGGGUGGCUGGUGUGGAUUCCCCGUGGCUGCAGCUCCCCUUGUGCCCCAGAGCCUCCCCCCACAAGGGUCGUUAUCGCAGCACCUGUGAGAGCAUCAAGGCGCAGGGAGCCCCAGGCACGCACAGGGCGGUCGGUGGAGGGGCCUUGAGAUAAGGCAGCAGACACAACAAUGUGGGGUAGGGUGGGGGGACCCUCCUCCCAGCCCUCUUAAGCAGCACGGCCCCCUCAGCCAGCACUGUGGGCCAUGGAGAGAACCACGGUGCUGAUCACGGGCUGCUCCUCGGGCAUUGGGCUGGGACUGGCCGCUCGCCUGGCAGCCGACAGCGCUCGCCGGUUCAAAGGUAAAGGGACAGUGCUGCCCCUGGGGGGUCCAGCACCCCUGGGGGUUCUCCAGGCUGGGCCAGGCAGCACCUCAACAAGGACAGACAGUGCCUGGGGGUGGGCUGGGGUCAGCCCUGGGGGGGGUGGGCUCUGUGGCCUCGCUGCCCGUGGCCGCACUCUCUCCCCAGUUUACGCCACCAUGCGCGACCUGGCCAAGGGCGAGCGGCUGCUGGAGCACCUGGGCAGCCACUGCCCUGACACGCUGGAGCUCCUGCAGCUCGAUGUCACUGACCCGCACUCGCUGGCAGCCGCUGCGCAGCGGGUGCAGGAGCAGCGCCUGGACGUGUUGGUCUGCAACGCGGGGGUGGGACUGAUGGGCCCCCUGGAGACCUGCUCUGACCAGGCCAUGAAAACCCUCUUCGAUGUCAACUUCUUUGGGGCCGUCCGCACCAUCCAGGCAUUCCUGCCCGCCAUGAAGCGCCGCAGGGCCGGGCGGAUCAUUGUUUCCAGCAGCAUCGGGGGGCUGCAAGGGCUACCCUUCAAUGCCGUGUACUGCGCCAGCAAGUUUGCGGUGGAGGGGCUGUGCGAGAGCCUGGCCAUCGUCCUGCGUCCCUUCAACAUCCACGUGACACUGGUGGAGUGCGGGCCCGUCCACACCAGCUUCCUGGCCAACCUACAGUGCCCGGACCCCGAGGGCACCGAGCUGCAGGGCCUGGACGCCGAGACGCGGGGGCUGUACCGCCGGUACCUGCGGCACUGCCAGAGCCUGUUCCGCGACGCGGCGCAGGAGGUGGAGGAGGUCCUGCCGGUGUUCCUGGAGGCCAUCGUCAGCCUCUGCCCGCCCCUGCGCUGCGCCAGCACCCAGCUCCUCGCCCCGCUCUGGCGUUUGCGGCUCGGCAGCCCCGACGGCUCCGCGUACGUCCGCGCCAUGCACGACUUCGUGUUCGGCGGCAGCGAAGUCGGCGGGGAUCAACCCUGAGCGGAGCUGGGUCGGGCUCCUUGCGGUGUCCUGCCGUG